CUUCUUCACAGAUUUUCCGUGUGAAAAGAAUAGAAGUGCAACGGCCUUCCCUCAAGUAGCAAGCUCAAGUUAACUUCAAGUAUUCUGAGUUCUUGUCUGUGAGAACGUCAAGAUGUUGGAAUAUCGAGCACGAUCUUAGGACCUUCUUAAUACUCUCUGUAAGAACUUACUGUAACUUCGUAACUAUAACCUCUACUACUUCUUGACUUUCUAUCACGUAUUUAUUACCUCAGUCUCAGUCUCGAAAAAAAAAACUAUCUAACUCAAAAAACGAGUGAUCACCCAUUUUUCAUCUCAAAAACAAAAAAGAUGGGUGCAUGUGGUUCGAAAAGCACUGCAGCAGUGGUGCUCAGUGAACGGCUGAGAGAGAAGUUGCAGGCGUCAUUUCGAAAAAUCGACAUCGACAAUAGUGGGGAAGUCGAUAUCGACGAGGCCGUGAAAGUUUUUAAAAGGUACUUAACUACAAGGGGAGCCUCUAUAUUCAUCACAGAAAUGGAUAACUCAGUGAUCGGCCGAUUGACUAUUCUUAGCUCUUGACUCAGCUUCAUCAAUUAGGUUAGGUUAGGUGUGGGCCUACCAGGAAAACUGGCAGACGUGAAUGGCUGCUGAAGAGCCAAAAACAAAACUACGCAUAGCUUUUCUGGAGCUUUUAUGGAGCUUCUCACUCCAUUUCCAUCCCCCUUCAUCUACUACAGGUUUUCCGGUGCCGCCGCAAAGAAAAUGUUAAAAGAUAUGGACGAAAACGACGACGACAAGAUCUCAAAAGAGGAGUGGCAGUCUUACUUUGUGAGAGUGCUCCAGACAGGAAAUUACACUUAUGGCCACAGAACACACAGAAGCACGAAAUGUUUGAGUUUGUUAUACCACGAACGUGGACGAUAUUAAACGUGCGCUCUAUCUUCCGCGUAUCUUCUACUUCUACUAGUACUACUACUCAUACUAGUGGAACACUAAUGCAACUACUAUUGCUACUACUACUACUACUACUACUUCUGUGAUAUACAGAAGACAUCAUGCGUCUUCAGGAGCAAUCGAAAUACUUACUUUUUUGAUACUUAUCUUCUAACGGCAAGAGCAAGAUUGUAUCGAAGAGUUGGACGAGUUCCUAGACGACGGCGCCGGCUUCUCCUUCCAAGUCAAAGCUGAGGCGCAGACAGAUCCUUCGAAAAGGAAGGUUGGAUCCGGUAUGCCCUAUUUAGAAGUGAAAAAACUCUGUUGUUCUAGAGAGGUAGUGGGCUCUCUUCUUUAUUUAGAAGUGAAAAAUCUCGUAGAGAAGUAGUAAAUUCCCUUCUUUAUAAUAAAGUGAAAUUUCGGUCCGUUGUUCUAAAGAUGUAGUAGACCACUCUCUUCUUUAAUAGAGCUAAGGUCUUCUACCUGAUUAUCUUCACGGUUUACUAUUCUUUCUUCUUGUUAGUGAGUGGAUUAUUAUUAUGUGGAAGUUGAAUGAAUAUGAAGAAAUCCUGUGCUGGGUAGAUCUGAUUGAUUAUAGAUUUAAUGGUGAUUGAUGAUAGUUCUGGGAGGACAUCGAAGAUCAUUAUGGCAAAUGUUUUUACCUACUAAUAAGCUAUACGAUUGCCUCUACCUUCCUCGCUCUGCUCAGGUCGCCACGACUAACUACCGUCUUGGUGAAGACGCGACUUCGCGCUGCACUGCAAACCGGUUGUAGCGGGUUCGCUUGUGCGUUUCUUAUGCCAUUAUUGUGGACAAGCUUUGAGAAAAAUAUUAGUUGUGAUUACUUGACUUGAUGUAAUUACGAUUGAAACUUUUCAACAAAUUCAUUUUUAGAAAGGCCCCGCAUUAUUAUUAUCAUUGAUUUUCCAGUUGUGAUAGUGACGAUCAUGUUUGUAGUGAUCAUGGCCCCCCUAGGGCUUCCACAAAAUUAAAGAUUUCGAGCUACUCCAGCACUCAUUUUGAGCUUUUUCUGCUUGUAACCGAAAUGUAUGACAAAACACGGAGUUGCGGACUCCCCUGCUCCUUUUUCCUGAAAAUUGAACGACCUCGAAGAGGACACUGCGCUUGGUGUCUAGUAUACUGUUGCUAUGAAGACCCGCAUUGUGUAUAGGGGGCGCGUGUCGUGUGUGAAUAAUUUAGGACGAAUACUCGUCGCGCAAAGGGAAUUUUCUCACUCACAAACUGCUCCUAGUAAAAAGCGAG